CGCUGAGCUUCUUGCUCUUCGGCAGCCGACUAGCCUGCAGCCAUGGCCUUGACUAGAGAUGCCAAGCUGGAGUCAGACACCUUUCAGGUGCUUCAGGACGUGGCCAAUCGCCUGCGAAUCCACUCAAUCAGGGCCACGUGUGCCUGCAGCUCCGGCCAUCCCACAUCGUGCUGUAGUGCGGCAGAGAUCAUGGCUGUCCUCUUCUUCCAUACCAUGAGGUACAAACAGGCUGACCCAGAACACCCCGACAACGACCGCUUUGUCCUCUCCAAGGGCCACGCUGCGCCCAUCCUCUAUGCGGUUUGGGUGGAGGUGGGCUGUAUCUGUGAAUCGAACUUGCUGAGCUUGCGAAAAAUUCACUGCGACCUGGAGGGACAUCCCACCCCUCGACUGUCGUUUGUUGAUGUAGCAACGGGGUCCCUUGGGCAAGGACUGGGUGCUGCCUGUGGAAUGGCUUACACCGGCAAGUACUUCGACAAGGCCAGCUACCGCGUGUUCUGCCUCAUGGGGGACGGUGAGUCCUCCGAAGGCUCUGUCUGGGAGGCCUUGGCCUUUGCUUCCCACUACAACCUGGACAAUCUCGUGGCGAUCUUUGAUGUGAACGGUUUGGGACAAAGCGGCACAGCACCCUUAGGGCACAGUACAGCCAUCUACGAGAAGCGCUGCCAAGCGUUUGGGUGGAAUACUUAUGUGGUGAAUGGUCACGAUGUUGAAGCUCUCUGCCAGGCCUUUUGGAAAGCAGCUCAAGUCAAGAACAAGCCUACUGCCCUGAUUGCCAAGACCUUCAAGGGUAGAGGUAUUCCAAAUGUCGAGGAUGCGGAAAAUUGGCAUGGAAAGCCUAUGCCAAAAGACAGAGCUGAUGGGAUUGUCAAGUUAAUUGAGAGUCAGAUACAGACAAACCGAAAUCUCACACCAAAGCCCCCUGUGGAAGACUCACCCCGGAUCAGCAUGUCCAAUACAAAAAUGACGUCUCUGCCUGCUUACAAACUGGGAGACAUGAUAGCUACUCGAGAAGCAUACGGCUUGGCUCUGGCAAAAUUGGGCCACUCUAACCAAAGAGUUAUUGUUCUAGAUGGCGACACAAAAAACUCUACCUUUUCGGAGGUAUUCAAGAAAGAACACCCUGAGCGUUUCAUAGAGUGCUUUAUUGCUGAGCAAAACAUGGUAAGUGUGGCCCUGGGGUGUGCCACACGAGGACGAACUAUUGCUUUUGUGAGUACCUUCGCUGCCUUCCUGACUCGAGCCUUUGAUCAGAUCCGAAUGGGAGCCAUCUCUCAAAUCAACAUCAACUUCGUUGGUUCCCACUGCGGGGUGUCUAUUGGAGAAGAUGGGCCUUCCCAGAUGGCCCUGGAGGACCUAGCCAUGUUCAGAAGCAUCCCCAACUGCACUAUUUUCUAUCCAAGUGAUGCUGUCUCUACAGAACAUGCCGUUUAUCUGGCAGCCAACACCAAGGGAAUGUGCUUCGUUCGUACCAGUCGCCCCAAAACGGCAGUUAUUUAUACACCCGAAGAAAACUUUGUGAUUGGACAAGCCAAGGUGAUCCGCCAGAGUGCAAUCGACAAAGUGACAGUUAUUGGAGCAGGGGUUACUCUGCAUGAAGCCUUAAUAGCUGCUGACGAGCUUUCUCAACAAGGGAUUUCUAUUCGUGUCAUUGACCCGUUCACUAUCAAACCUCUGGAUGCUGCCACCAUUAUCCAAAGUGCCAAAGUCACAGGUGGGCAGAUCAUCACCGUGGAAGAUCACUACCGAGAAGGUGGCAUUGGGGAAGCUGUGUGUGCAGCCAUCUCCAGAGAGCCGGACAUCGUCGUUCAUCAACUUGCCGUAACAGAAGUGCCUCGAAGCGGGAAACCUAGCGAACUACUGGAUAUGUUUGGAAUCAGUGCCAGGCACAUUAUAGCAGCUGUGAAAGAUACCUUAACUAAAUGAAAUAGCUCACUUCUUCAGACAUCAAGGUUGUUGGCUUUGGUCUUAAACUCUGAUAUCAUUGUGUUACAUUUAUGCUUGUUGUUAUAAAAAGCAUCUC